UGGUUCCUGUGUUUGUCACUCAGCCCUGGGCCUGGACUCUGGGACACCAGAGGACCCAUUCCCUUUGGCGACAUGUGGGCACGGCGAGCUUUUUGUCACUGGAGGGGACGGUGGUCCUUUGUUGAGGUGGUGCCCUGCCGCGGACAGCACGUCCUGCACCCCGAAUGGGUCGCUUUAGCGGAGAAGCAGCUGAAGGGCAAGAAAGCUGAAGAUUUGAUAUGGAAAACGCCAGAGGGAAUCGCCAUCAAGCCUGUUUAUACCAAGCGGGACACGGCGGAACUGCCCGAGGAGCUUCCGGGCAAGUGGCCUUACACCCGGGGUCCGUACCCCACCAUGUACACCUACAGGCCGUGGACCAUCCGGCAGUAUGCCGGCUUCAGCACGGUCGAGGAGAGUAACCGCUUUUAUCGGGAUAACAUCAAAGCUGGUCAACAGGGACUUUCUGUGGCUUUUGAUCUUGCCACUCACAGGGGAUAUGAUUCAGAUAACCCUCGUGUCCAUGGAGAUGUUGGAAUGGCAGGCGUUGCGAUAGACAGUGUGGAAGAUAUGAAGUUGUUGUUUGAUUCAAUUCCUUUGGAAAAGAUGUCUGUUUCCAUGACUAUGAAUGGUGCGGUGCUGCCGAUCCUGGCUAUGUUCAUUGUGACGGGGCAAGAGCAAGGAGUUUCUGAAGAGAAGCUGACAGGAACGAUACAGAAUGACAUACUGAAAGAAUUCAUGGUCAGGAACACUUUCAUUUUCCCACCUGAACCCUCCAUGAAGAUUAUAGCUGAUAUAUUCCAGUACACGGCUAAACAAAUGCCUCGAUUUAACUCAAUUUCUAUCAGUGGGUACCACCUCCAAGAAGCUGGUGCAGGUGCUGUUUUGGAACUGGCUUACACCAUAGCAAAUGGUUUAGAGUACUGCAGGACUGGUAUUCAAGUUGGACUUGACAUUGAUGAAUUUGCACCACGACUUUCUUUCUUUUGGGGAAUUGGAAUGAAUUUUUACAUGGAAAUAGCAAAGCUGAGAGCAGCUAGACGACUGUGGGCUCAUUUGAUGAAAGAAAAAUUUAAUGCUAAAAAUUCGAAAUCUCUGCUGUUACGAGCACAUUGCCAAACCUCUGGCUGGUCCCUCACUGAGCAGGAUCCCCAUAACAACAUUGUUCGUACAGUGAUUGAGGCAAUGGCAGCUGUAUUUGGAGGAACUCAGUCAUUGCAUACUAAUUCUUUUGAUGAGGCAUUAAGUCUGCCUACAUUACAAAGCUCCCGAAUUGCUAGGAACACUCAGAUCAUCAUACAGGAGGAAUCUGGCAUCCCAAAAGUGGCAGAUCCCUGGGCUGGUUCAUUUAUGAUGGAAUCACUAACUAAUGAAGUAUAUAAUGCUGCUUUAAAGCUUAUUAAUGAGAUUGAAGAAAUGGGUGGUAUGGCUAAAGCAGUAGCAGACGGUAUUCCAAAACUUCGUAUUGAAGAGUGUGCGGCCAGAAACCAAGCAAUGAUUGACUCUGGUGCUAAGGUAAUUGUAGGAGUAAACAAGUAUCGUUUGGAAAAGGAGGAAACUGUUGAUGUGUUAGUUAUUGAUAAUACUGCUGUGCGAAAUCAACAGAUUGCAAAACUGAAAAAGUUAAAAGCAUCCAGAAAUGAAGCAACAGUAGCAGAAUGUCUUGAUGCCAUCACUGAAUGUGCACGCUCAGGAGAGAAAAACUUGCUGGCUCUUGCGGUAGAUGCUGCACGUGCAAGGUGUACAGUUGGAGAAAUUACAGAUGCAAUGAAAAAGGUAUUUGGUGAACAUCGAGCAAGUGAUCGUAUGGUGACUGGUGCAUAUCGACAAGAAUUUGGUGAUAAUGAAGAAAUGUCAUUGGCAAUAAACCGCAUCGAAAGAUUUGCAAAGAAUGAAGGCCGUCGUCCUCGUCUGCUUGUUGCUAAAAUGGGUCAAGAUGGGCACGACAGAGGAGCAAAAGUUAUUGCAACAGGAUUUGCUGAUCUUGGCUUUGAUGUGGAUAUAGGACCACUAUUUCAGACUCCUCGAGAAGUGGCUCAACAAGCAGUAGAUGCGGACGUUCACUGUGUGGGUGUCAGUUCUUUGGCUGCUGGGCACAAAACCCUUGUGCCAGAACUGAUUAAAGAACUCUAUGAUCUUCGGCGCCCUGAUAUUUUGGUCAUUUGCGGUGGUGUGAUUCCUCCCCAGGAUUAUGACAUUUUGUACAAGGCAGGUGUUUGCAGCAUCUUUGGUCCAGGUACCAGAAUUCCAAUUGCAGCACUACAGGUGCUUGAUGACAUUGAAAGAAAUUUAGUCAAAAGGCAGCAAUCAAUGUGAAUGUCAUCUCGGAUGCCAACAAAUACUUUUUACUUUAGAGAUAUGCUAUGCUUUCUGUGCGAGGCAAAUGAAUUACAAUUUUUUUUUGACUUCUUUACUUUCUAGGAAAGUUUGUAGACUAUCAAUAUAUUGUAUCUAUCUUGGUUCACUUACUGGAGUAAUCUAUGAUCCUGUAUUCAAACUUUUGCAAAGGCCGUAACAACAUUUUGUGUAAAUGCUAAACUUAUAACUAAGUAUACCUCAGUUAAAUGCCUAAUGUUGAAAUGACUUUGGAGUACAAUUGCAUUUGCUUGAUUCAUGAUUGUGAAUAGUUUGUUCCAUGACCUGUGGAGAAAAAUAAAUGAAAAUAUUUUUGUGUAA